AACCACAUCUUUUGCUUGUUAUCCCUUUUUUUUCUCCAACCCUCCCAGCAACCUUCUGCCCCGUUAUCAGUCGCCACCAAAACACUAAAACGUCCUCUUCCCCACCCAUUGCUUUCCUCCGCAACGCUUGCCAAUCUUUUGCCGAUCCAGCGGAACGCCCCGGACGACGGGCUCAUUUGGUGCCUGCAAUCCUUCUUGCGGUUCCGUGCUGCAGCGUCUACCGGUGAUCCACAUCGUGAAUUGGUCGAGGCAGACCGAGGAUCCUGAGUUCGAAAGCAAAAUAAACAAGAAACAAGAGUGUGCAAGGAGGAAGAGGGGGCAGGAAUUGUCAACAGGAUUGAGGGAGAAGAAGGGCGGUCGCGCCGAGUGCUUGCAUCCGCUCUGCACCACACCACCAGUACCACCACCACGCAGCUCACACGCCAUGCACUUGCCCAGAGUGAAGCCGCGGGAAGCUGCUGUCCAGAGGAGCUUGUCCCAGACCAACAGGUCCCUCAUAGCUGUCGGCAUCAUCGCUGGAGUCGUUUUCGUCCUCCUCAUCAUCGUCUACACCUGCAACCGCAAAUACCGCGGCGGCAAAAACAAGUCCUCCACCAAGAAGCCCCGCGACAAACUCCCCUCGCUCUUCAAACCCAGCACAUGGCGCAAUCCUGACCAGCGCGGCCAAUACUCGACGAGCCUCCAGGGUAACGAACUGAGCGCCACCAGCUACCAUGGCCGCCGACAAGCCAACGGCUCCGUCUCCAUUGCCGAUGCAGACCGCCAAAACACCAACGAAGCCACCGCCGGCGUCGACCGCAACACCUCCGUCCGCAGCGUCAUGACCUUACCCGCCUACGCCCCCACCGCCCGCGAGAACGAACAGAUCCUCGGCAGGGAGGGUGAGCGAGGCGGCAUCGACACCGUCCUCGAGUUCCCCGAAACCAACGACGAGGAAGAAGGCAGGCGAGAGGGCGAAAUGGAAUCCCUCUACCAGAUCCGCGUCGCCCGCCGCGCCGAAGCCCGCGAGCGCGAAGAACGGCGGCAAGCCCGUCGCGAAGCCCGUCUACGAGGCGACCACGAGACCCUCGCCGAGCUCCGCAGGAGAGCAGAGCAGGCCGCCGAAGAAUCCGUCUCGCAGAUGCUCAUCGCCGAACACCAGACGGCCAACCGCGAGCGCCGCGUAUCCUCUGUCCAGUACGGCGAUCUGGGCGUCGCCCGCCACGACGGCACCCGACUCCGCGCAAACUCCUCCGAAAGCGAUAACCGCCCCCUCCUCGACUCGGCCGCCUCCAUAUCAGGCCUCAGCGGCCGCUCUCGAGCCGUCAGCAGCAACACCCUCAACACCUCGUCGCAUUACCGCGGCGCGUCCGCUUCCUCGGUCCUCUCCGUCUCCUCGCGCGGCUCCGACGAAUUCGACUUUCCAGACCCCACCCAAUCCCGCUCCAAUUCCACCGCCAACCCAAUCUCCAGCCCCCUCCACGCUUCCGAAUCCCCAGACAUUGCAGACUCGUUUGAAGUCAUUUCGCACCCGCCCCCCACACACUCGCGCUCCGGCAGCAGAGUCUCCACCCCCAGUUUCGCUCCCCCGCUACAUGCCCCGCCGUUACAUAUCCCACAUGAUGACGCCCCCGCGUAUGAAGAUCCCCCCACGUAUACGAGCCCUGUUGCUACCCGUGCCCCGACUCUGCCUACGCAGACGCCUGGCGAGGGAGGAGCGCCCAUGCUGCCGAGCUUGGAGCGGUUGCCCAGUAUACAUAUUACCACGGAUGGAAGUGGUGGCGGUGGGGGGAGGGAUGGUGCGAGGUAACAUUUGUGGGUUUGGUGGUGGAGAAAGCAACGAAGAAGGACAUUCGGUGUAACGAGAGCGAAAGAGGGGGGGGAGAGAGUGUGUGUGUAUGUUAAAGAGAGAAAGAGACGACAAGGGAGAGAAAGCAGCAGCAGCAUUUCACGAAAUCAUCUGAUUAAACAUGGCUUAAACUUGACCCUUUUUUUUAUAUAUAUAAAAUCUUUUUUAUUUGCUAUUUAAUAUUCAUUUACUUUUAUUCUUUUUCCUUAUCCCACCGUUACCUAGGUAUCUUUAUCCUCUUCUUGUAUUCCUCUGCAAAAAAAGGAGAGAGAAGGGGAAGAAAAAUCCAUUUUGUAAACUUCUUCUUCUUCUUCUCUUUUCUCUCUUUUUUUUUUUUACUAAUAUGU